AUGGAUAUUAAGAAUGCCUUCCUUAAUGGAACACUGUCUGAGGAAGUGUAUAUGCAGCCACCACCAGGUGUACCUUCUCCACCAAACAAGGUUUCAUUAUGCUCUGAUGGAUACUACCUAUCUCAAGUGAAGUAUGCAUCAGAUCUGUUAGCUCGUUCAGGUAUCAUUGAUUCUGCCACAACACCGACACUGUUGGAUUCCAAUGUUCGUCUGACCUAUUUUAAUGGUGUUCCCCUCCAGGAUCCAACACUGUAUAGAAAAAUGGUUAGUAGCCUUGUAUUUUUAACAGUAACUUAUCCAAACAUAGCUUAUGCAGUUCAUAUUAUCAGUCAGUUCAUGUCCAAUCCUUACAUUAUCCACUUCACAGCUGCUCUUCAUGUUCUGCGUUAUGUUAAAGGUACGCUAGGACAUGGACUUUAA